AUGGCGGCAAAACCCCUAUUGAAAUCAGGUCUUCGAAAGUCCAUCGGCUCUGGGUACAAUACGAGAGUUUGGGAUGAACUGUGGCUUACUACAAAUCCUCCCCGCUCGCCAUCGGGUGUAAGGCCUAUUCAGAAACCAAACAUGCUGGUACAUGAGCUUAUCGACCGCCACUCUAAGAGCUGGAACGUGGAGUUGUUGAAAAAUUUUACUGCCCCAGAAGAUAUCUCGCUUAUAACUAGUAUACGCAUCAUCAAAUCUUUCAAAGUUGAUAGUUUCUGCUGUGUCCAUACAAAGUCUGGAAUAUACUCCGUCAAAGCCGGAUAUGACGAGAAAUGUCGCUUGGAUAAUGAACAACCCGCUGAGGCAUGUACUGAGCCGAGUACUACCAGCUUAACACAGCAGACCUGGGCUUUAGCGCAUCUACCUCUACAUCCGGGUGAAUUCCCGUGCUCCUCCAUAUACAUCAACUUUGACUGUAUCCUAAAUCGGAUCCAUAUUCGUAAUGGAACCGAGGAAAGCCUGGCUCGCACCCCAUGGGUCAUAUGGUUCUUGUGGAAGGCGUGUAAUGCAAAGGUCUUUGAUAACAAGGACAUCUCGUCAAUGGAAGUGAUACAAUCAGCGACGUCAGAGGCGGAGAGUUGGCGACUGGCGCAAAUUACCCCGGAAGUAACAGAGGAGAACGGCAACAUUCCUACGCCGGAGCUACUGUAUAGACCGCCACAAAGACCGUUUUGUCGUUUUGACGCAUCAUGGAAAGGAGAUGAUGCUCGCUAUGGUGACAGACUCGUGAUAGAGAAUGAGGAUGAGACUACAACCUUCGGUUCAUUGGCUAGUAACCGAACGUUGUCUCCCCUACACGCAGAGUUCGGUACUCUGUUGUGGGCCAUGAAAUCCUCGCUAACUCUUGGUCACGAAUCGAUGGCCUUUGAAUCAGAUUGCCUGCAACUGGUUAGGCUCAUUGAGUAA